AUGGAAGCUUCGGCUUCUACCCCGCCGUCAACUUCAACCGAGACUUCAGCUUCGACUCCAGAGACCCCGGCCGGCCCGGAGAAGCUGGACAAAGAGCAGGUUAAGAAGGCAGUGGAGGCUCUGUUGGCACAUUCCAGAUCCAGGAAAAACGCGAAAGGAUUACUUCUGAAUGAGAAUGAAAAUUUCUUUUUAAUGGUGGUAUUAUGGAAAAUUCCAAGUAAAGAACUGAGAGUCAGAUUGUCUUUGCCUCAUGGUAUUCGAUCAGAUUUAGCAGAUGUUUGUUUAUUUACCAAAGAUGAACCCAAUUUAAGCUCUGAACAGACAGAGCGUUUUUAUAAGAAGCUUCUAAACAAGCAUGGGAUCAAAACCAUUUCUCAGAUUAUCCCCCUCCGAACUUUAAAAAAGGAAUAUAAAGCCUAUGAAGCCAAGCUCCGCCUCUUGGGUAGUUUUGACUUCUUCAUUACAGAUGCCAGGAUCAGGCGGCUCUUGCCCUCACAUCUGGGGAGGCAUUUCUACAACAGAAAGAAGGUUCCAGUAUCUGUAAACCUUCAGUCCAAGACUUUAUCUAGAGAGAUCAACGACUGCAUUGGGGGAACGGUCUUAAACAUCUCUAAGAGCGGCUCUUGCAGCACUAUCCGCAUUGGUCACACGGGGAUGCCGACUGAGCACAUCGUUGAAAAUGUCGUUGCUGUUGCAGAAAGGCUCUCACAGAAACUGCCAGAGAAGUGGGAGAGCGUGAAGCUCUUGUUCGUGAAGACUGAGCGGUCAGUGUCCCUGCCUGUCUUCUCGUCCUUUGUCAGCUGUCAGGGCGAAGCCCAGGGACUCCGCGCACGAGACCUGUUGAAAAAGGUAUCAAAGAAAAGCCGAAAGAAGAAGUCAAGAGCUCUUAAAAGACAGCAGGAGAAGAAAGAGAAGAAGCUUCUGAAGCAGGCUAGAAAGGCCAAACCUGCCCUGACAGACGCGGCGGCUCCCAAAACUGGGGGUGCUCCAGCCCAGGACCCUGCACCCCAGAAGGAGACUGGUGGGGUGAGCACCCUGCCUAAAGCACAGGGCGAUUCUGAAGAUGAAAUCCCAUUGCUGGUGCCAUUGGAGGAAACUCCAGCUGCAGGAAGCACCAAGAUACAAAAAGCUGCCGCAGGAAAGAAGUGUCCAAGAAAGAGUCCUGGUCCCAACACAGCCCGUGGGAAGAAGAGAAAGGCCUCCCCAGCCCUGGAGACCCCAGGAGCUGCGGAGGCCAAGACCCCAGGGAAAGGCCCAGGGGGGAAGGCCAGAGUCAAAGAACAGGCGGCGAAAGAAAGAAACUCUUCACUGGGCAGUAAAGACCCAAGACAGACUCCCGAGAAGCCAGAGGCCAAGCUCUUCACUGCUGCUAGUAAAUCUGCGAAAAAAGCCCCCCGAACCCUGACACAGCGACCCAAAAAACCCAAAGUACGCAAGUCAACCUAA